UAGCCAUUCCGUACGAUUGGCGCCUGACUCGUUGCCGUCUCCUUCCAAUCAGCCGAGUGCGACGCACGUCCUUGGGGAAGUGACGCACUUCGAGUCCAGUGGGGUUGGUGGGAGAGAUGAGGGGAUUGAGACGGUGGUAGCGGUUGUGUGAAGAUGGAGUUUCCCGGAGGAAAUGACAAUUACCUGACGAUCACAGGGCCCUCACACCCCUUCCUGUCAGGGGCCGAGACAUUCCAUACACCAAGCUUGGGUGAUGAGGAAUUUGAAAUCCCACCUAUCUCCUUGGAUUCUGAUCCCUCACUGGCUGUCUCAGAUGUGGUUGGCCACUUUGAUGACCUGGCAGACCCUUCCUCCUCACAGGAUGGCAGUUUUUCAGCCCAGUAUGGGGUCCAGACAUUGGACAUGCCUGUGGGCAUGACCCAUGGCUUGAUGGAGCAGGGCGGGGGGCUCCUGAGUGGGGGCUUGACCAUGGACUUGGACCAUUCUAUAGGAACUCAGUAUAGUGCCAACCCACCUGUUACAAUUGAUGUACCAAUGACAGACAUGACCUCUGGCUUGAUGGGGCAUAGCCAGUUGACCACCAUUGAUCAGUCAGAACUGAGUUCUCAACUGGGUUUGAGCUUAGGGGGUAGCACCAUCUUGCCACCUGCUCAGUCACCUGAGGAUCGUCUUUCAACCACCCCUUCACCUACAAGUUCACUUCAUGAGGAUGGUGUUGAGGAUUUCCGGAGGCAACUUCCCAGUCAGAAGACAGUGGUAGUGGAAGCAGGGAAAAAGCAGAAGGCCCCAAAGAAGAGAAAAAAGAAAGAUCCUAAUGAACCUCAGAAACCAGUUUCAGCAUAUGCUUUAUUUUUUCGUGAUACACAGGCUGCCAUCAAGGGGCAGAAUCCUAAUGCCACCUUUGGAGAGGUUUCAAAAAUUGUGGCUUCCAUGUGGGACAGUCUUGGAGAGGAACAAAAACAGGUGUAUAAGAGGAAAACUGAAGCUGCCAAAAAAGAGUAUCUAAAGGCUCUGGCUGCAUAUAAAGACAACCAAGAGUGUCAGGCCACUGUAGAAACAGUGGAAUUGGAUCCAGUGCCACCAUCACAGACUCCUUCACCGCCACCUGUGGCCACUGUUGACCCAGCAUCUCCAGCACCAGCCUCAACAGAGUCCCCUGCCCUGUCGCCUUGCAUCGUUGUUAACUCCACUCUUUCGUCCUAUGUGGCAAACCAGGCAUCUUCUGGGGCUGGGGGUCAGCCCAAUAUCACGAAGUUGAUUAUUACCAAACAGAUGUUGCCCUCUUCUAUUACCAUGUCUCAAGGAGGGAUGGUUACUGUUAUCCCAGCCACAGUGGUGACCUCCCGGGGGCUUCAAUUAGGUCAAACUAGUACAGCUACCAUCCAGCCCAGCCAGCAAGCCCAGAUUGUUACUCGGUCAGUGUUGCAGGCAGCAGCAGCAGCUGCUGCUUCUAUGCAACUGCCUCCGCCUCGACUACAGCCCCCUCCAUUACAACAGAUGCCUCAGCCCCCAACUCAGCAGCAAGUCACCAUUCUGCAGCAGCCUCCUCCACUUCAGGCCAUGCAACAGCCUCCACCUCAGAAAGUUCGAAUCAAUUUACAACAACAGCCACCUCCUCUGCAAAGCAAGAUUGUGCCUCCACCCACUCUGAAAAUGCAGACUACCUUAGUCCCACCAGCUGUGGAAAGCAGUCCUGAGCGACCUAUGAACAGCAGUCCUGAGGCCCAUACAGUAGAGGCAACCUCCCCUGAGACCAUCUGUGAGAUGAUUACAGAUGUAGUUCCUGAGGUCGAAUCUCCUUCUCAGAUGGAUGUUGAAUUGGUGAGUGGGUCUCCUGUGACACUGUCACCCCAGCCUCGCUGUGUAAGGUCUGGUUGUGAGAACCCUCCCGUUGUGAGUAAGGAUUGGGACAAUGAAUACUGCAGCAAUGAGUGUGUGGUGAAACACUGCAGGGAUGUAUUCUUGGCCUGGGUAGCCUCUAGAAAUUCAAACACUGUGGUGUUUGUGAAAUAGUCUUUCUUGUUGUACUCCAAGCCGGUGAAGAUCUAUAUACUGGGAACAACUCCAAGAGUCUGUUUUGAAACUCAAGCUUGGCUUCUGGUAGUGCCUGAUCAAGCUUUGAUGGUCCUUCAUGCUUUAUCCCCUUUUCCUUCCUUUAGCAGAGACCAAGUUACAGAGCAGGGCCACGGAGUUUGCUGUAUUCUGGAAUUACUCUUUACUUUUAACUAUAAGCAGAAAUAUCAGGAAAACAGCAAAGCAAAGGGCAAAAGGAGUAUGGAUAAGCAAAUCAUAGGGGUUAUAUGGGUGGUGGUAUGGGUGCUUAGAGAAACUCUGAUGUAAUUGUCAUAGAACUUGCCUAAAAUAUAAUUAAAAUGAUGGGAGAAUUAUUCAAUCUUGAUGCUAGGAGAAAACACCACUGUGUGCAUUCAUUUUAAGAGGGAUUGGGGGAAAAGCUCAGUAGUAGAGAGGUUCAAUCCUCAGCAUUCCCCCCAAAAGCAGGGGAUGAAUAAGAGAUAGCAUUACUAAUAUAUCAUUACACUGCUUUGACAAAAGUUUUCAGCACAGUAGGCACAUUGAGCUAUAGAGAAAAUGGCAUCACCCAAGAGUUUAUUUUUCUUUACAAAUUUUCUGCAGUCAACAGCCUUCCUCAUCUGACUUGUUAUCAAAACUUGAAUAGGGAGACCCCACCCUUAAAUUAUCAUAAGAGGCUUCACCAAAGCCUUUUUUAAAAUGUUCUAUUAUCAGAUAAAAGUUAGAACAGCAGUGUUUUCAUUUGCAUAAUGUAGGUCAAUUCUCUGUAUACUCUUGGCACUUCCUAAGAUGAACUUACUUGAUUUUUCUUGGAAAUAAACUAUAGAAUAAUAGAUGAGCAAAACUACACAAUUGUAACAAUAAGUAAAAGUUUAGAGCAUAACAGCCCUAGUGGUGAUGGUCUUAAGUAAACUCAAAUUUAUUUAACUUGAAAAAUACUUUCCUAGAGAACCUCCUUAUUCAACCAUGGUUGGAUAAGAAUCACUAAUUGCUAAUCACUUGAUUCUGUACAGACCUUGUUUUUUAAUGAUCAACAUGUCUGUGCUUUCCAUGCAAUCAGUUUAAGUUUAAAACCCUUACAAUCACCUAAUGAGAUAGAUAACAUUGCUAUUUCACUUAGAAGAAAUUAUACUUGAGAUAUGAGUUUGUACAAGAACACACAGUUAAGUAAUAAAGCCAGAAUUUCACCUCAAAAUCCUAAUUAUAAUACAAACCUUUAUUUAAAUAAGGGGAAAAGCUAUUGUACAAAUACAAUUCUUCAGGUGUAGCCUACAAAGUCAUGGCUCUGGGUGCUUAACCUUGUAAGCAAGUGCUUCUAUAAAUUCUUAGGUUUAGAGAUGAUACCAUCUGGAUACCUUUGCUUGAACCGUGCAACUACGUCUGGGUCUAGUAGGUGGAUCCCAUCCAGUUGGUUUCCAAGGGUGAUCCUGAAACAUGUCAAACAGAAAUCCUGGAAUUAAAGGGCUUUAUUAUUAAAAGAUGCAGAUGUUUUAUUAAGACUG